AUGGAACUUGACUUAGCUGUUCGUCGUAGGGAUUCUCUGUGCGUCAGUGAAAAUGAGACGCGUGAUGUAACGAAACUGCGCCGAGAAAUUGAUAAAUGCACAAAAGAACUACGGAAGAAGAAGCAACAUAUGCGUCACUCCCAGUCACAUAGAUUAUCAAUAAAAUCAAAGAUUGAACUUGCUUGCAAUCAGAGUCCGAAUGUAACUAAUCUUCUUAAGGCGCGUUCUGCCGCAGGUCGCCCACGCCUGGAAGAGCAACAACCGCAAUUGCUAAAAACUAUCGUCGAUUUGGCUAUGUUUGGUGCUUCUGCGGAGGAACGGCGUCGCUCAGAAAUUGUUCGCAGUUGCCGAACACUUACUGAUCUCCAUGAGAAGCUAAAGGAGCACGGAUUUCAAAUUUCGAAGAGUGGCACGUACCUUCGGUUGCUCCCAAGAAAUUAUACCACCUUGGAGGGCAAAAGGCAUGUAGUCACUGUGCCUGUCAAAUUGAGUCGCCCUGAGGCAGAUCACCAUAAGGCUCACGUCGAUCAACAUUUUUGUGUCGCUAUAAUAAGAUCCAUGGAAACGCUGGAAUCUAUUCUCGGGCCAAAACAAGUGCUUUUUCUGUCGCAAGAUGAUAAAGCCCGGGUACCUAUAGGUUUGACAGCGGCAAAUAAACAAGCUCCGCUCCUGAUGCAUGUCGAAUAUCGUGUUUCAUUGCCUGAUCAUAAUUGGAUGAUUGCUGCAAGGCAUAAAUUAAUCCCUAGUGUAUAUGCUGGGUGCAUCAUAAAAGGAAAUGAUAUGGGCCGUGCUGAAGCAAUUACGUACUCAGGGCCAACAUAUGUGGCGAUUAGAAGUGGCAAACAUUCCUCUUCGACAGCUUCUACUCAUGCUGUGGACUUCAAUCAGCUUGCUACUCUCAACAAUUUCAAGGAAAUUAUGCGGGAUGAAGAGGGAUGCUGCAUCCUUCUUCAUCCCGCAUAA